AUGGAAGAAUCUUCAGAUAUAGUACCAGCAGUAAAAGAAAUAAAUCCUGAAAAAAGGAAGAUUAACCGAUCUAAAAAGAAUGCUAACAUGGUUGUCGCCGAAGGUCCAAAAAUCAUCAUGGACAUGCAGUUUGGUGCUUUAAUGAAUGAUCAUACAACAAAAAAGCUGAUUUCACAGAUAUCACUUUCUUAUGCAUUUGAUAAAAAUGCUAAAGAAUCUCUUCCAAUGAUUUUUACUUCAAUGGACGACAAAUGGAGGGAUUAUAUAAAUAGGGUUAACGGAAAUAUGUGGAGUAAUAAAAUAAUCCAAUACAAAGAUGUUAGUGUUGUUGAUGCAUUUCCAAAAGAAGAUUUAAUUUAUCUUACUGCAGAUACUGACAACAUUUGCACAUCAUUAGACCCACACAAAUGCUACAUCAUUGGAUGCCUUAUUGACCAUAAUUCUCACAAGAAUAUUACUCGUGACUACGCAGAAAGACAUAACUUAAGAAUGGAAAGGCUUCCUAUUCCAGAGCAUAUUACGAUGGAUGGUAGGCAAGUCCUGACAGUAAAUCAAGUUGUUGAGAUAUUAGUACGUUAUAAUAACAAUAAAGAUUGGACAGAAACUUUAUUGCAAGUUAUUCCCCAAAGAAAGAAUCCAAGGCCGGUUCAUCCAAUCAAGCAAUCAGAGCAAGAGAAGCCUAAAGAAAAACCAUCAUUUUGCAGAAUUGUUUAA